UCUUUACGCACGAUGCUUCCCGCAGUGGAGGCGGCCAAGAUCUACCACACCAACUACGUGCGUAACUCGCGCGCCAUGGGCGUGCUGUGGACGGUGUUCACCAUCACUUUCGCCGUCAUCACCGUGGUGGUGUUCAUCCAGCCGUACUGGAUCGGGGACAGCGUGAACACGCCGCAGGCCGGGUACUUCGGCCUCUUCCACUACUGCAUCGGGAACGCGCUCACCUCGGAGCUCACGUGCAAAGGGAGCGCGCUGGACUUCGGCUCCAUCCCGUCCGGCGCCUUCAAGACGGCCAUGUUCUUCGUGGGCAUCUCCAUGCUGCUGGUGGUGGGCAGCAUCGUCUGCUUCAGCCUCUUCUUCUUCUGCAACGCGGGCAGCGUGUACAAGAUCUGCGCCUGGAUGCAGCUGGCCUCCAGUACAUGCAUGGUGAUUGGAUGCAUGAUCUAUCCUGACGGCUGGGACUCGGAGGCGGUGAAGCGAAUGUGUGGCCAGCGGACCGACAAAUACACCUUGGGCAACUGCACGGUGCGCUGGGCGUACAUCCUGGCCAUCAUCAGCAUCAUGGACUCGCUGGUCCUCUCCUUCCUGGCCUUCAGCCUGGGCAACAGGCAGGACAAGCUGCUGCCCGAGGACUUCCAGGUGGAGGGGAAAGAUAAUGCAUAGACGCAGAGACCACCGAUGAGACAGAAACUGCUGACUCAGGGGAUUCAAAAGUGUUUUUAAAAAUCUAUACGUGUCAAUUUUGUUCUCAAUAGUUUGUCAACAGACAUUUAAAAUCAUGGUCAGUCACGGGCCUCCUCUCGCUCCAGCCUCACAGCUUUACAUUUUGUAUAUGGCUUUUUAGGGUAAAGAUAUUUCACAUAUUCAAUGUGCGAAUAUGUAAAUAGAGCUUCCAGUUAUAAAUUAUAAAUAUAAAGCUUCUCCACACUAUUGAAUGAAUUCUGGAAUGUGGUGGCUUUUCUGUCCUUUGAAAUGUGCGAAUCAACAUGCUUAUUGUUAUUUAUAACCAUUAAUCUGAACAUGGAUCAUUUUUCAAUGACUUAACACACAUCUCAUAUUUUGAUGGGACAUAUUUCAACACAUCAUUAAAAUAAACUUUUUCACAAUAUGACUAUUGCUUAAUGUUGUUGUCCGCACUCCCAGGCAAUAACCUGGUAAUUCUGAUGGUGCUGACAAUUUAAAUAAAUUGUUAUUAUAUAACUUACUUUCAUCACAAUAAAUCUCAUGCUCCUAGAUAUCUAUGUAGUGUAAGUAACCAGCAUGUUCCUGGCAUGUUCAGAGAUACGUUUUCACAAAUCUCUAUUUGAUAUAAAAUGAAAUCACUGAAUGCAUCCUCUUACACUACAGUAGCGAUGCAUGAGGCAAAAGCAGUGCAGAUAGAUCUUGAAAAAUGUUUAUUCUUAUUACCUACAGAAAAAAUUGACAACAAAAUGAAGAGGGGAGACAUGGAAGAGAGAGAUUUUGUAGAAAAAUAAGAAAAAUGGGUCCGAAGCCUCAUUACAGCAUCAAUAUUAAGUACAAUCGUAUUUUCCAAUUCAUCACCUCAAUGUGCAGUGGAGACAGUGGAAGCUUAACUUUUAUAUGGCUGGAAAUCACCUGGACAUUCUUCUAAAAAGUAUCUUUAAAAAAAAAGAAAUGCUUUACCGUUGUAGCUUCUGCCGUCAAUAGUCACUGCUGAGAACCUCCUCCAGAAAACACCGUACAAAGCUAACAGUGAAAGUAGGGAGAGAUUAAAGGCCGACUCUUUGGUACACUGUUCACACAGGAUGAGGAUUACCAUGGACUGUCACUGGUAAUAUGGGUUAUGGUGUAUGAAGCAACUAUCGAGAAGUAAAAAACGAUCCAGGUAUGAAACAGCAUCCAGUGUACCGUCUUUUGUUCAUGCAUGUGGCAAACGAAUCGCAUUAUAUUGUACCAGGGUGAAACAAA